GUAAGCGGAUAUGCAUCGAUGCCGAUCACAUCCUAUACAAAUCAGCAGCAACAGCAGCAGUACAUUGCAGCACCAAAUAUCCCAGUUCAAUUCAAAGGUACCACAGGUCAGGGUGGGCCGGAUGUGCACAGCCAAACAAGUAGUAACGAUGGUUCCAGUGGAAGCGAACAUCGAAGAGGGUUUGUAAGUGGAUAUGCAUCGAUGCCGAUCACAUCCUAUACAAAUCAGCAGCAACAGCAGCAGUACAUUGCAACACCAAAUAUCCCAGUUCAAUUCAAAGGUACCACAGGUCAGGGUGGGCCGGAUGUGCACAGCCAAACAAGUAGUAACGAUGGUUCCAGUGGAAGCGAACAUCGAAGAGGACGAGCGAUAUUACCGCCAGCGCCAAUGCCAUCGGCCCAUUCAACUGCGGCGCCAACACAUAUCCAGAAAGGCACAUCAAUUUCUCUGGUUGGUGGACCAUCAGUUGCAAUGGUACCAAAACGUUUGGAGGAAAUUCCGCGUGAUUUAGCAUCAAGUCGCCAAAGUUUUCGAAUUGCUAUGAGUCAACCGUUUGAAUUUUUUGUUGAUAAUUUGUAG